AUGCUUGGAGCCUUUUUUGGAGCUGGCUAUAGGGAUUGGUGGUUCAGCUAUAUUAACAAUAUUGCGCAUGUUCCUGUGUUUGAUAACCACUGGCUUGUGCGGCAAUCUGUGGCGAAAGUAUUCGAGAAGGGCUUCAUCAAAUUAGAUCGCCUGCAACCUUCAAUGAUCGAGGUAAGCUAUAACCUCCAGAAAUCAAGAUUUUACCCUUUCAACUGAUUGUUCAAUCCCUGCGCAGUACGAACUCAAAGGUGUUGCUGUUGGCCCUGAGGAGCUGCGGCUUAAAAUUGAUGGACCCUACCCUCUACUUGGCGACCAUUCUCGUUCCAGGACUCCUACCGUAGAUGCUCGCUUCAUCGGCACACACGCCAGGUUUUCCCGCAGUAUACGCCUUCUCGACAUUGCGUCUACUUUUGCCGCGGCCGAGCCACUGCCGGACCCGGGGAAAGCUAUCGCACUCUCGGGAGCCCCACGAUUCACCGGCAGCCUGUUGGAGAGGAUUUUUGGUUCCAAUCCCAUCGCAGCCGUGUUCUUUUCUGUUUGGCGUCUAAUACCUGGGAGGGCUCGUAGCGCUGCUUACAAAACAUUACGAAACUUUGGCGAGCUCUUGUAUGGACGUACAGAAGCUAAUGUUCAAAGAUUGCCCUUUGGGCUUUUUCUGAAAGCUCAUGGGGACCCUGCGGAAUGUCGCAAUGAAGUGACGGCGCUUACUAUGGUUCACCAGCGGACUGUGAUACCAACACCAAGAGUGUUGGAUGUGGUUUACGGGUCAGGAGAUUGGGACUCAAAAGAUUCAGACUCGUACCUCCUCAUGACACAGUUGCGCGGGAUGUCAAUGUAUCGGUGCAUUGAAGUUAUUUCUGACAACGACCUCGCUCAUAUCCGUCAUCAUCUGGGGUUGUUCCUAUCUCAACUCCGAAGCAUACCCAAAAUUCAUCGUACUGGCGUGACUAUUAGUGACACGCUAGGGGAAGCCUGCAAGGAUUCGCGCAUUCGAGGUGGACAGCAUGUUGGCCCCUUUGAGGAUGAAGCGGCCUUUAGCCAAUAUCUCAUGUUCCCCGAUGAUCCAGCUCGUCGAGGCCACAAUAUUCACUUUACACAUUCGGACCUCAACCCACGGAACAUUUUGGUGGAUCGAAUUGCAACGCGAGGUGGUGGUCACCGUUGGAUAGUGACUGGGAUCGUAGACUGGGAGUUUGCUGGUUUUUACCCAGAGUAUUGGGAGUUUACGAAAGCCAUGUUUGAGCGCUUUCGCUGGCCACGGCGAUACAACGAAUUCGUCAAAUCGACGUUUCAGCAGCUGGGGGAUUACUCUGCGGAGUUUGAACUAG